AUGGCCGACACGGAGAUGGACAUUGACAACGGUCCGGUCGCCGUAGAGUCAGGCAACGGCAACGGCAACCGCACCGAGGGCGAGAAGGAGAUGCAGACGCACGCGCGCGCAACGGCAGUGCGCUCCAUCGAAGGCUGGAUCAUCAUCGUGACGAACGUGCACGAGGAGGCAGACGAGGAGGCCAUACAGGACAAGUUUGGCGAGUACGGCGAAAUCAAGAACCUGCACCUCAACCUCGACCGAAGGAGUGGUUACGUCAAGGGCUACGCAUUGAUCGAGUACGCUACACUAGAAGAAGCCAGGGCGGCCAUUGACGAUGCCCACGGGACAAAGAUGCUGGAUCAGACCGUCAAUGUGGACUUUGCCUUUGUGAGGCCGCCGCCUGGACAGAACAAGGGUUCGAGAGGGAGCCGUGUGGGUGGCGGGAGGCGCGGACGCAGCCGGAGCAGGAGUCCCGAGGCCAAGGAGCGCGAGGAGUGA